UAUGGCAACCACUGUAAACAACGCGCUCUGCUGUACCGAGGCGAGCCGCGAACAGAACAGAACAGUUAUGGCUUUCAGCAAUAUCGAGUAUUUCGACCAGAUCGGAAAUAUUCAAAAGAUCUUACACGAAAGUGAGAGAAGAAGACACGAGCUGGAAGAAACACUGUUUUCCUACUUAAGAUCAGAUGAAAGAUUGACUAAGUUAAAGUGUGCCAAGAUGCGCUGCUAUCACAAGGAGCUGCACGAGAGAGAGCAGCGAGCAAAGACGCGCAACCUUGAGCUUCUUGGGAAUGUGGAGAACUUGGCAUCAAAAUUGAAAGAAUUCUCCAUUGAUUGCAGCAGGCUGCUUCAAAAGAGGACAGAGUACAAGAAUCAUAUUACCAGACUGAAGAAAGACAGGAAGAAAAUGGAGAGCAGGGGCGAAUCAGAAGCAGACGAGCACCCGAGCAGGUUGAGUACUCAAGGAUUAUCACAGAGUGCUGCCAUCUUCAUGGGUCACCAGACCUCCAACGGCUCAUCAAGAAAUGAUGGCGUCACAGCCACACAUUCGCUGUCUCAUACAGAGCAGAUUCCUAAUCAUCUCUCACUCCCUCCUCCACAAAGUGGCCUUUGUAUGCACUCCCAUGUUUCAAAAGCCAGCGGCGCUGCCAUUUUAUCUGAUGACAUUCUAAACUCAGGUGAUUUCCUUGAGGGCAGGCGUUUGAGUGACGUGCGUGAAAAGCAGAUGGAGUCUGAUUGGGACAUCUCUCAGAGGGCAAGAGAGCUGCAGAGACGGGAAGAACUAAAGUCUCCUCACACAACCCUAAAGGAAGCUGAAGUGUCCUCUCGAUCUGUGACCGUGAACAAACCUGCAGACAUUGUAUCGUUAGAGCGCUGUCCAACUCGCAGUCCUUCCCCAGAUACCACUGAUCCAAGAGAUGCCUCACAGUACAUGAACUCUGGAGGUGAGGAUGAGGAAGGGUCUGCAGAGGAUGAAGAUGACUCCAGGCCAAGACAUCAGAAUCGUCCAGAUUACACCAACAACAUUCUCAAACCAGACACCUCAAUGCAUUCAGACAGUGAUGAUUCAGCAUCACUGAGUCAAAGUGGGCAUCGCACAUCGAGAGGAAAUGCGUUAAUUCAAGAGCAGAAUAUAAAAGCCAUGCAAACCCAUUGUGGUAGCAAACACAAGAAGGUCAGCACACGGCAGUCUGGACAGCUUCACUUUUCUGAGUCCCCUUACAGGCUCUCCGUGGAGGGAUUUUGUCAUCUUCUGAAGAGCAUCGAGCAGCGUCUCGAAUCUGAAGACGUGAACCUCUACAGAAUCCCAGUCAAUGAGCAGAACCUCAGUGAUGAUAUUAUCAGGAUAUGUGGUCAACGUGGGCAUUUGGAUGACGUGGAUCUGCAUGCAUGCAGUGCUGUGGUUCUGCAGCAGCUUCCCAUGCUAUCCUGCAGUCUGCCUCAUGGAUGCCUUUUACCCAGUGAUCUCAUCAACUCUCACUGGUCAACCAUCUCAAAGCCACAACAGAUCAGAUUGUGUCUGUCAGCUGAAAGUGCUGUGCUGUGGGACUGCUGUUUUAGACACAUGGUUCAGCUUCAGAAACUCCUCAGCACUGACCACAUCCUCCAGCUCUUCACUCCGCUCCUGGUGCCAGCCAACGCCACCUACACUGACAAGGCAGGAAAGCUGUUGAAGAGACUUCUGACCUACAAAUCUGAGACUCAUCAUCUAUCAGAAAGUGAAUCGUCAUCUUCUUGCAGCUUGCCUUCUCUUCUGGACGACAGUGUGGAGAUCAAGCCCACCAUACCUUCUGGAACAAAUGCUCUAACUAGCGAAAAACAAGAAAUUCAAAGUGCUGAAGAGGACAGUGCCGACCAAAGCCCAGUGGAAAGUAUUCCUAUUAGAGAGACCAAAGCAUAUCAGCUGCUUAAACAAUCUGUGGCACAAGAGAGGCACUGGAGUGACUCGGAGGAGGAGGUUUCGGAGCCACCAGAUGCCAACAAAUUGCAGAGGCCUGAGGUACAGCAGGACUUUUUAACACCAAGCAAUCGGAAAAGUGUAAAGGCGAAAGCUUUCUCUGCUGUCCAGUCAAAGGCAUUUUGGGGAGAAUCGGACGACAGCAAUUCUGAAAUCGAAAUGGCCUUGCGUCCUCAGUCCUGCAACACCAGCAGCCAUGACUUUGACGAUUUUUAUGACUGAUGCUUCUCUUUGCAGAGUUCACAGCGUGGCGCAUUUUUUUAAUGAGCAGUUAAUUUGUUUGAAAGAGAUGCCUUUGUGCAAGCGCAAAACAAACAGAAAUCUUCACUCCGGAAUGAGUGCGACAUUCCAUGAAAACAAAAAGAGCCAUCCUCUUUAUUGUGGCCAAAGACUGUGAAGGGUUUUCAAAACAUGUUGGUGUUAACCCUGCUUGAAUCUCUUUAGCUGAACAACACUUGGGCCUGGUUGAAAUAGAUUAAACUUGGUUUUUAAAGUGAUUCCUUUGCACUGUGCUGAAUAUUACGCAUUUCAGCCGCUGCAGGUAUCUGGCGGUGAGUUGGAGUGGAAUGCUCUGAGUCAACUCCUAUGAAAAGCCAGUGCACAAUGGCCACUCUGCAUGCUGCUGAAACACCUCUGAACUCCCUCAAGUGGCCGUGGCCCAUUUAGGAGGACAAAAUGCGUUGUGCUCAUCUCAAUAUAGAAACAAACGCUCUCUGUGUAAAAAAGCCUUUUCGUCAGCUCAGCGCGACGCAGCGUGUCUCCGACGAUAGUCCACUUCACCAUUCGCCUGGCUUUCGAAAUGCGCUUUUGCUUCGUUCUUGCUCCCUCACUCUGGUUGCUUUUUAUACAUAUGAUUUCUGUUACCAUACUUUAACAAUGAACGUAUGCAAGCACGUCACAUUUUAAGUUCUCUGUUAAUUUGUCCCUCUAAUGGCUAUUUUUAGACUCAACACGAUAGUUAAAAUUACGGAUAAUUAUGAUUAGGCAUUGAAAAGAGCACUGAUCAAACACAGCGAUAUCAUUACAGUAAUAACGGUUGUUGUCCCCAUCCCCCCCACCCCCACCACCAAACAGCCAAUCAGAGAUAACUACUCUAACCCUUUUUUCUAAUGGACCUGAAAAUAACAUCGCAAACUAAAAUUGCUGUGCACAGAUUUGCCUGUUUUCGCAGGCAUCGGUAAUCUGCAUGGGAUCGUCAUUUUGUCUGUGACUCCUGGUUCAUCAUUGCGCUGGUAUAUUUAACAUGCUCGGAGGCAUGUUAUCCUGUAAUGACACAGAACCUGCAGCGUUCUAUCCAUCAGUAUGAUUCCAUUAGUUCGCUUUUAAGUAAGUUUAUGAGGCCGAACCUGCGAGAGGACGACUGCGCACUCAUUAGCUGUAAUGGCUACCGCCAGCCUUGACCCGCACGCGUCCAAAUGCGCCUGCAUAAUUUGGAGAUUGCUAAAAAGCACCCCUCAUGUAAUAUCUGUGUUAAGGAUCAUGUCAACAGAUACUUGUGUGAUGGGAGGAAAGCCGUGUGAGAGAGUUUCAUUGUAACAACAUCAUAAACACUUUUUAAAGGAACCGUCUUAACAUCAUAAUAAAAAAAGAGUCAACUUUCAAAUGAUGUCAUGUCAAAGCAGAGCAUGGUGUUUUGUCUUAAAGUAGUCCAUGCCGAGAUUUCUUUUCUGCGAAAAUAAGCGUGCAUGAAUGUCUCCCAGCAGGGAAGGUCAUUAAAGCAUUCACGUUCAGGCACAUUCUCAAUUUAAAUCAUCUGUCUGAAGCUAAUGGCGGAUCGUGCCUGAUUUCAAGGCUCACUUUGGACGGCAAAUCCAUUCAUUUAAUAAAUAAAACGAGUCAA